UUCGGACCAUGUCGCGCCAAUUGAGUUUUAAUCCGCAAAAGGAAUAUGAGUUGAUUGAAUAUCCUGGCAAAGUGGUCAAUCCUGACCGGAUGAUAGCCACUCUGGGCGGCAUUAUCAAUGUGUCCAAGGUACUGGGCGAUGAAGUAAAACGUAUGGCGUUGCACUUCCACCCGGAGAAUCCCUACAACAAACCAACUUUUGGUGACUGCACGGAUAAAACUGGCGUCCUGCUCUCCAUUACUGUGAGGCGUCAUAAAAAGGACAAGCAACGGCCUCCGGAAUACUUUGUUCGGGUUUUGGGCCACUGCAGCAGGAGCUUUACCUUCGAAACACUUUGUGACUUUCAGUAUCUGCCUCUGUGGUCAACUCCAAAAAGUGACAAUGCCAAUGUUGCCCAGGAGCUCACAUAUGCUUUAGAUCAAUUGAAACCCAGGGACACCUCUGAUUUGGAUUUUUUUAAAAGACGGCACAAUCAACUCCUGGCCCUGCCUGAACUGUUCACCCACGUGGACGUGGUAUAUUCGGGCACCUACCGCAUCGACGGAGCAGAGGAUGGCCAACAGGAGGUGCUGGGCGUGCAGUCCAAGGCCACGUACGACAACCAGGGCGUGGUCUCAUUUAACAUGGUGGACAGUUUUCCCACUCAGGCGGACUCGCAGAACCUCAAACGUCUCAAGGUGAAGUACGUUUCCGAUGAGCAAUUGGCCGUAGUGAAAAAGCUAUUCGAUGACUGCCCAAUUUGGACCAGGAUUGCACUGCAAUAUGAAUCUGGGUUGACCAAUGACAAGCUCAAGUGCAUCACUCCUUCGCUGGCAUUUUACUUCAGCAACGGUCCAUGGCGAACUUUGUAUGUUCGUUUUGGUUACGAUCCUCGCAAGGAUUUCAACAGUCGCUACUACCAGACCUUCGACUUCCGGCUCCGUUUCAGCACUGGCCUCUCGGAAUUCGUGUACGCUAAGAAAUUCGUUAAACAACGGAGGGCAGCUAAUGCUCCGUUCGCCCCCAUCGAGGAUCGCGUUUCCGAUUUGGUUCAGGAUAUUGACUACCCCUACUUCGAUGAGCACAAGUUGCCGCGCUCGAGGCAGUGCAUGCUGCGGUAUUCCGACGUCCGCAUGGUGAAGAUCCAGGAGAUGCUGGAGAAGAUUCCCACACCACUGACCGGUGCCGUGUGCAACGAACGAACAGGUUGGUUGCCACCAGGAUUCGAUGCUCAGGUGCGACAGAUUGUCUGUGGCACCAUUAGCGAACUUUUGCGCAACCAUUACCGAAAGGAGAACCUCACGGCUGAGGUGGAAGCGGUGACCCAGGCCGACGAAGAGGAGGACGAGCCCGAGGACGAGGAGACGCAGGAGGAGGACAUGGAGCUGGACGAAACGCAGACCAUGAACAACUCCGAGCAGUUCGUCGACAAUGACAUCGAGCAGCUCUUCGAUAAUAUCACAAGCUGAGACGAGAACUGAAUAAUUUUAAUAGAAUUACACCCUUAUUUAAUAAAUAAAAAUUGUGAUAGAUAACUAUGUUCAUUUGCUAUGU